AUGAUUCAGCGGUUCAGCUCAUUCUGCCGCACUGGUGAAAAACAGACAAGAAAAGCCAUCGAUAGGCAGAUCGACUAUGUUGGGCGCCAAGAUUACGAAGCAAGUGAACUCAAAGCCGUGACUGCCGCGAUACUACAAACAAGUCAAUCCUUAGAAGCAGUCGUGUGGAAAGUCAAACCCAACCAGAGAGCUGGCUCUAUUCUGAUGGAACUAGCAGUGCCUAGAUCUUCGACACCUCACGCCAUCGAGGAUGGGUUGGUCCCAUUUCCAGAGGUGCUUCCAGAAUACAGAAUCCUUCGGAUAGAGCUCAUCUCACAACUGCCCAUUAAGAGCCACGCUAACAUGGACAGAAAACAGCUGUCUCGGCCGUACGGCAAUCGACGGGUGAUGAAGCAGAUACCCGUUCCCAAUGACUAUACCGUUACCUCGGAGCCACAUCCUUGCAGUUCUCACUUCGCAUCAGUCAGCUUCACCAUCAAUUUGGUCUCCACACCCGGGGAGUCAGCUGUCGUGGUCCAGAGCGCCUGUGGAAACGGACAGAAAAAGCGAAACUAUCCGUGA